UCGGCAAAGUGUCGGCACUUGGCGCGUGUCCACGAGACGUCUCGGCUCGUGCGAACGGGCCGGCGCACCGACGCGAAAAGGGGACCGGCUCGACUCGGUCUCAAGUCGAGUCGAACUGGUCGCAAACUGGCCGUCAAGUGGACGCAAAGUGUCCGUCAACCAAAAGACCCAUCCUCCUCCACUUCGUCUGCGCGCCCCAUCUUUCAUUCUCCCUCACCCCACCCACCCACUUACCCACCUACUUACCCACCCCCCAACCGCCGGCAGCCAUGCAAGCCUGUCCCAGUCCGGUUGCAGCCCUUUGACCGAGUGAAGCCUUGCUGCCACUUUGUUCUGUCGUCACGUCAACACACACCCCUCCCUCCUCGUCACAUUGACACGGCCCGAAGCCGAUGCGACGUGUGUCUUCCACUUUGCCCAUGUCGACAUGCAGCGCUCGAGUUGAUUGGCCUGAACUGCGGGACGCCGGCGAUGAAUGCAACACCUUGCAAGCAUGUGGAGCAACGUUCUUCAUCAUGA